GGCAACACCACUACACCUGGGCCUUCUACUACAACUGCACCUGGCAAGACCACUACACCUGGGCCUUCAACGACUACUCCAGCUCCCUCGGCUGCUCAUCCUACUGGGCUGUACGUUGGGAGUGGGGAAUCGGGUAAUACCCCGUUCAGCCUCAAUGCUACAUUCAGUGAGAAUGCCACGAUUCUAGAAAAGAUGAGUAUCCAGUACGGGACCCUUCCUACUAUCAACAUUACGGCUCUCCCCUACCAGAUGGACGGCUCAUCGAUAGUCGUUACGAAUUUCACUGCUGUACCUCAAGAUUUAAGGAAUUUGCUGAUGAAGGUAAAGCUGACAUAUAAUCAUGCCGAUGAGACUAUAACCUUCGUUAUCCCUGUGGUCAUCACUGUUGUGCUGCGUCGACCGUAGAGCGGCAGCGGUGACUUCAAGCGAUGAUCGGGGCUUCAAGCGCCGAUGCUGCUCACCGAGCCAUGUUCUCCACUAUUUCGUCAUUUAUUUCAUUAUCAGUCUCGGUUUUGCUCCUGUGCUGCACAGGCUGUGCAGAGCUCACAAGUCACCAAUGUGGCGUUGAGAAUACCCAGGAUAUAUGAAUAGGAACCAUGCAUUUAUCCCCGCCGAAUGAAUUUGACGUCCAGUGAACUAGACAAUAACCUCUCCAGUUCGCCUGGUCACAUCUUGCGGUUCAAGGUUCUUCGGCUCCAAUUUUACCGAACGUCAUCGGUGGUACCAAUCGUCAAGUCGUUGUAGUCUAACAAAGAUAGGUUCCCCUUUCAC